GGCAACGUCACCUUCCUCGGGCGCGGGACCCGCAAAGCGGUGUCGUUCCCACAGGCAUGCGUGACGAUUGGUGGCACGCUGUCCGUGUUUGGAAGCCUGGUGAUCGGGAAUUGCUUCAACAACGGCUUUGGAGACAAAGCGCACGGUGGUUGCCUCAAUGCCAACGACCUGGUCAUGGAGGAGGGCCUAGUCCACUUGGAGAACUGCACGACAGCUGGGCGCGGAGGUGGGGAUGGAGGUGGGGCGUCCUUAGGCACUUUGCACCAGAGGAGCGGAGCGAUGAGCUUCUUGAACUGCCUAGCAGUGGACGGCGGAGGCCUGAACGCCAGCUCUGUGGUCGUCGAGGGCGGGUCCCUGAACUUCGAGUGGGGCAUGGCGGAGCGCCGCGGCGGCUGCGCCCACGUGGACACUCUGCACCAGAGGGGCGGGGAGGUGAGCUUUAUCCACUGCGGAGCGGAACGCGGACAUGGUGGAGGCCUCGCUGCCCGGAUUGUGACGCAGGAUCACGGCGCCAUGCGCUUUGGCGACAGCUGGUCGCAUAGCGCUGGAGGCUGCGCGCAUGCCGAGAGAAUCACCACGAGCGGGACCCUUUCCUUUGAGAAGUGCAGAUCUUCUGGAGGUGGCGGGUGCGGCUAUGCCGAACGACUUACCCAGUCGGAGUCCGGCCGGCUGACCUGCCGAGAAUGCGAGGCCGAGGAGGGCGGAUGCCUUCUGGUGUGGCGCACCGUAGAUGCUCGAGGUGUUUGGAAGGCGUCCUCCGUUGCUGCCAAAUGGGGCAGCGUGCUGCUGAUGAAGCAGAACCGCCCGCUCUUUGAACAAUUAGUCGAAAACCCCAGCUGCAAGGUACAGCGCCUGGAAGUCGAGCAAGCCUCAGGCGUGGCUCUCAUCAUGUACUCUCUGACUGUGGAAGAGUUGAUCCUGGGCCCUUCCGACCAGCCCUUUCAGAUCCAAGCGAACAACCUCUCAGUGCCGUCACCCAACUGUAGCAGCCUGGAAGACUGUCUCUUCGAGCAGCGCUUGGCAGUGGCGCGAAAAGCGAUAAGCACGAUACAGAGAAGAAGCUUGCUGAAUUCCGAGGAGCGGAAGGUGUGGCAGGGGUGGGUGCGCCCUCUUUGCCGCCGGGGUUCCGGUCUGGUGGAUGUGGCAGAUGAGAACGCUACCCAUGCCCAGGCGACACGGAUGCGGGGCUGCCGCCGGUGCUCCGCGGGCCUGGCCCAGGUGCAGCAGGGCGUGUGGGCCCCAUGCGCUUGCCCCCAGGGCUGGACCUGCCAGCCGGAGACCAUGCAGAUGCCCCAAGGCAUGAUGCCGCUGAACCUCAGCAACCCGGGCUGGCUAGCGAAGUGUUUGAGCAGCUCCGCCUGCCCCGGUGGCCAGCUUCCAGAGGACUCCAAGAAGCCUUGGUGCGCACCAGGCCACCUGGGCCCGCUUUGCGCCGUCUGCACCGACCGGUUUUACCAUGCAAACGACGGCUGCGAGAAGUGCGCGGAGGCCUCGGACCAAGACCAGCGGUCCCUGUGGGCCGUGGCAGCCGUCCUCGGCAUCGCUGGCGUUCUCGCGGCUGUGGCGGCGUGGCUGCUAAGGGAAGCUGCGGUGGGACGCUGGAACAAGGCGCAUGCUCGCUGGCACGUGCUGGUCCAGUUGGCAGCAAGACAGGCUGUGGUUUUGUUGCAGCUGGCCCAGCUCUAUGCAGUGCUGGGCACCUCCAUGCAAGGCCCAGUCACCAACCAAGGCUCUCGGGAGUGGGAGCGAACAUAUAUGGACUUCACGCAGCUGACUUUGGCACAGGUCAAGGAUGCGGUCCGUGCGGAGUGCCAAUGGCACGGCCCCAGCGUGCGCCUGGCAUCAGCGCUGGCUUCGCCGGUGGCGCCUGUGGUGUUGCUGCUGGCGUGUUCGACGCUGGAGCUCCUGAAGCCAUCCCUCGGUGCCAGCAGUGCCUUCAAGGUGCUAACUAUGUUCUACAUUGGUGGUGCUCGCCAAUCUAGCGACCUCUUCCGCUGCCAAAGAGUAGACGCAGGUGGUGAUCCUUUGGGCGACUACGCGUUUCUGCAGAAGCUGCCGUCCAUUUCGUGUUCGGACAACUCGGGUAUGGCACGAUGGGUGCACGCCACGGGUUGUGGCACGGCCUUGUUCUACGUCGUCAUUAUACCAGCUGCCCUCCUGUACCUCUUUGUCCGCCAGCAUGUGGUUUUGAAGCCGAGCAAGACUGUGACCGCCGUGGCCGAGAAGUCGAAGGCAGGGUGGCUCGUCAGGCUGCAGCCCCUCCGAGAAAUCGAAGGCGAGCACCCGCAGGAUGUCGAGCACCUACUCGCUGCUGCGGUGGCUCACAUGGCAGUGGCGCUCCAUGGAGAGGUACGACUGCAGCUACUUAAUGGCAAGGCGGAGAUGAGAACUGCGGAUGUGAGCGGAUUCCUUGAGACCAACGACUCGACCACGCAGACGUUGCGCUCCCGGGCCAUCAUGGAGAUGCUGGUGGAGCGUUGUGAAAUGGAGAGGGCCUCAACACAGGACCGUCUUUUGGCUGGUGCCAAGGAGGUGUUCUUCAAAUAUGCAUUGUGCCGCUGUGUUUGGAUGGAGUUUGUGCAGAAGCUUUUGGCCGUUGGCCUUCUGGCUGUGAUGUCCACGGAUGAUGCCUUGAACCUGGCCUUGGCCAUGAUUUUGGGUAUGGCCGCAACCAUUGCCAUGGUUCGGCCCUACAUCCAGCCCCAGAUGAACGAUUUGCACUGCAUCUCCAUGAUUUGUCUUGCAGGGGCGGCUAUUGGCUUCUCCAACGCCGGAACUUCCGGGGAUUUCGAUAACUGGCUCUGGCUGAGCCGCGUUUCCUUUCUGCUGCCUUUGCUGCUGGCCGCUAUGCAGGUGCUCAGACCGGACAGCUGCGAGGCCCUCGCCACACGCCUCUUCCAGGAGGCCCGCCAGAAGUUGCCGGAGCUCAAAGAGGAGAAGGAAGUGGAGCUGUUCGUGGACUUGGUGAGCUUCUGAGCGUCUAGAUUGAAGGAGUUUCCAGAGCCUUGGAUUGCUAGCAUCG